UUUCAGAAGUUUACUUUGUGUGGCCUUGAGCAUAAUCAUUCUCUUACAAGAUUUUUUAUCACCAUUAAUAAUAAUGAUAUUGUAGUGUCCUCUCAAUGUAUCCAAGGCCACUUUACAGUGUUUGGGAAGAGUGCACCGGGGGGAAGGAAAGAGAAGAAGAAAGCAGUAAUGCAGUCAUUUUGGAAGCUAAGAACUUACUCCAGGGGGGGAGGACACUGAGUACAGACAGAAAGUAAAGGUCGUCUGUCACCAUGACCACCAAAACCAUGGACUGAUGGACUUGACACAAGGCAGGUUCUGACCCAAAGAUCAAAACUGGACCUGUCCUCAUACAGUGCCCGUGUGGUUUUUGUGAGUUGGAGCUGAGUGCAGUGAUCCUCAUGUGUUUGCAUGUGUGGAGCCUUCUGAAACAACAAUCGCGCCACAUUCAAAAUCACAGAGAUUGCCCCCUUCAUUCAGUCAAAUUCACAUUCGAUUUGACCUAAGCGCCUGACCUGAGGCUGCGUGCUUUUAUGCAGUGCAGCUGCCACAUAAUUGGCUCAUUAAGAAGGUCGGCAGGUAUUUUCUAAUAAAGAAUAAAGUGAGAGUAAUUACGAUUUAAAAUGAAGGAUGAUUACUGCAAUUACCUUUCACAAAUGACAUCUGCUGACUCUACGGACUAUAUGUCUGCAUACAUGCGCUUGUUCUGUCAACAAAUAUAUACAGUAUGUAAAAGGUGAAACAAACACAGUGACUCACCUGCAGAUUAAAUAUCCUGCGGAGAAGGAGAUUGCAUCUAAGAAACAGGUUGUUUUCUGAGAGUUAUCACCUGAGGGAAACAGGUGUACAGGCUUGGUUUGUCUGUGGGAAGUAAAAUGUUUCCAAUUCCAGAGCCAAACUGGUUCAACAGGCUGUGACGUCACGUCUGUCUCCAACCUGCUAUGAGCUUCCUCCAACCAAGCUUCAUUUGUCCACGCAUCCUGUUUGAGCAAAUGAUCUCCUGAUGGAACCCCCUUCAUAUGAAGAGGCCAAUCUCCACCCUUCCGCUCUGAGAACAGGAGGAUUCAGCUUCCCACCUCCCCCCUCCUACUACGCCUCCCUCUCAUCCCCCUCCACGCCGCCUCCCACCUACGUAGAAGCAGUUACGAUUCAGCCGGAUCCAUUUCCUGUCCUGUCUGUCCACUCUGUGCCCACUACUCAGACCUCACUUCCGCAAAACGCUGGGAACGUAAUACAUCCACUCACACAAGUUGGUGCAGGACGGCGUCACCACACCCACCAAACUCAGCCUGCUGUGGUUGUGAUUCAGCCGCCGCCUGUUCCUAUCUCUGUCACAUACCUGAGAGACAUUCCCGGUUUGGUGUGCUGCCCGCACUGCCACCACACUGUCACCACACAAGUCACAUACCUGCCAGGGAAAGCUGCCUGGUGCAUGUGCUUUCUUCUGUCAGUGAUGGGGUUGAUCUGUGGUUUCUGCCUGAUCCCGUUACUUGUACGCGGACUGCAAGAUGCUUAUCACUCGUGCCCGCAGUGUGGAAACAAAUUGCACGUGUACAAAAGAUGACGCUGUCUGGGAUUUACAGGCCUCCUCUUCUCCUCCUCCCUCCACCCAAAAAAGCACAACAUGGAUAGUUUGUUACGAGCUAAGCAGCUCGCCCUGGAGACAUCUGUGUGACACUACUGUAUCUAAUUAAUAAGAGUACAUACUGGACCGUACUCUAUGGAUGGACACAUGAGAAAAGGACUGUGCUGCGAUUUCGGAGACAUUUCUGUGGACUUUUUGUUCAACAAGAAUUAAAACUCUCCUCAGCUGAUUUUCUCACGGAAAAAUAAUAAUAAUGAUAAUGAUAAUAAAUCUACAGGGGGUGAGUAUACGACACCAACAAAAUCAUUUUGACUUUAAAUUAUGAAUUUGCUAAGAUGUGUACUUUCUGACAUUGACUAUGUUUACAUGUAUUACCUUAAACUAUCAAACUCAGAAUAAGGAAUAAUCAGAUUAACACAUAGGAAGUCUUUAGUUACGCCUGCAUUUGUCUUAAUCUGAUAAAUGUGUUUUGACAGAAGUAGCCGUGAGUCAUGAUAGGACUACUUUCUGUAACAUGUGUACAAGGAUAUGAGUGGAAUUUUUUUUACAUAAACUAAUGUCUCAGAAUCAGAAUCUGAAUACUUAUUUGGAAUAAGUCACAUUACUGGUUUCCAUAUAAAAAUAACCAUGUUAGUCAUAGGAAACUAAAUGGAACUCAGCCCUUGUUACUUUUGUUUACUUUACACCUGUUGCUUUUCCUGCUGUGUCUGCCAUGAAAAAGUCUUUUUGUAAGAUACUGUUCACAAGCAUUUCUAAUAUAUAAAACUUCCCUGUACCAAACUGCAGGGAUCAUUCAGUCUCUUCUGUAUUUAUAUAUAGAUAUACAUUUUUCUGCCUUGUGCAAAAUCAAUAAACAUAAAACGUAAUAGUUGGAAAGGGUGCAAGCAUGAGGACCUAGCAGAGUUUGCCGAUAUCUAAUAAUUAUAUUUUUAAGUUAAAUAUCGGCCAAUACCAAUAUUAUUGUGCUGAUAAUAUUGUGCUUCCGUUUAUAAUACUGCGUAUAUACGGUAGGAAAUCUCUUUUUGUAUCUGACCAUUUAUCAUUUGUGCUGAUUUCAAAAAUGAGAUGGAAGAGAAUUUUGAAUCAGUUCCUGUGGAGUUUGACCUCGAUUCAGCACAAACACUGACAAACAACAUGAUGUUGAGGCCAUGGUCUGAAUCACCAUAACACAAAUCAUGUUUCCAUUUCCAAUUUCAUUCCACCACAAGAACAAAUAUUCACAUUUACCAAAGACGAUGGGGACAACUUGACCUGGUAUGGAAGCCUGAUAUUUUAGUUUUAAAGUAAACAAAGCCUAACACACACAUCUUACUUUCAGCCUGUGACAGAUGGGCAGAAUGUUUAAUAUGGAGACCAACCCUAAUAUAAAAUAUAAAUGUUUUGUUUACUGUUAAUUAUUUGUUUACACCAGUACAGUUUGCAUAUAUGUUGUAUUAUUGAAUUGUGGUUUUAUUACAAAUAAAUCAUCAGUUGAGAAACAAUA